CAUGAUGCUUUUCAACCCUAACUCCUUUCUUCUUCGUUCGCCAUCAUGGGAAAGCCCAGUGGACUUCGAACAGCUCGUAAGCUUCGCAAUCAUAGACGUGAACAAAGAUGGCAUGAUAAAUCAUAUAAAAAGAGUCAUUUGGGGACAGCUUUGAAAGCCAAUCCAUUUGGUGGUGCAUCUCAUGCAAAAGGAAUAGUUCUAGAAAAAGUUGGUGUUGAAGCUAAACAGCCCAACUCUGCUAUACGUAAAUGUGUGAGAGUCCAGCUGAUUAAAAAUGGGAAAAAAAUUACAGCUUUUGUUCCCAAUGAUGGUUGUUUAAACUACAUUGAGGAGAAUGAUGAAGUGUUGGUAUCAGGAUUUGGAAGAAGUGGUCAUGCUGUAGGUGAUAUACCUGGUGUUCGUUUCAAAGUUGUUAAGGUGGCUAAUGUUUCUUUAUUGGCACUCUUUAAAGAAAAGAAAGAACGACCAAGAUCUUAAAUGGAUUUAUCAACUACAGAUAAAUAAAGUUGUUCUUCAUUUAAA